UUGAUUAUUUUUCAUUUAUUUGUUUUUGUUCAUCAAUGAAAUAAAACCCCAAAAACAACCUUACCAUCAGGCGACCUUUUGAUCAAUCAAGGAAUCCGAUCUUUCAAUCCGAACAGAUGGAUAGCAGUUGGAUUUGAUGAUUCCAAUGUUGGCAUGUCGCCCGCGUUAAUAGACCCUGGAGGAGCAGCUUCUUCAACACCCAAUGGUCAGAUUUCUUCCGUUCCUUUCACAUUGAAUUCCUUUGGGUCUUUUUCUGUUUAUCAGUUGGAAUCUUCACUAGGGAAAAUGAACCCAUCUUCUAGUUUUGGUUUCCAAGGUAAUUUUAAUUCUGGGUUUUCGAAUUCCACCCCUAAUAAUCCCGGUUUUAGCUUCAAUACACCUUCCUUACAACGACAAUCGGCGGUCCUUGCUAGGCCAAAGUCUGUCAAAAAUAGAAAGCAAUUGAAUCCCAAUAAUUUGAAUUCUUCAGACAAUUUAGGAACCCAGGUAGGCCACGGUUUCAAUUCGUUUUGGCAUGUUUCCGGUGUUCCCGGCCCUAUCCCAUCUGAUGGGAGUAAUUUGGGUGGGAAUUUAGAGGGGGGAGUUGUGGAGGAAAUGAGGAAUUUGAGAAUCGGGAAGAGUUGGGGUUUAGAUGAUCAAAGCUUAGCUUUGAAGCUUCCGGAUGAUAUAAGGAUGUUGAACAUUCAGGACCCUUCGAAGAGUGAUAAGGGCAAUGGGAAUGAUAGCAAUGUCGAUAGUUAUGUUGGAAGAGGUGUGGAAACCGAGGAACUUCAGAAUGAGUUGCAGAACAAGUUGAAUAUUAAAAGCAGUGAGGACGUCAAUGAUGGAAGUAAGAAGGUAUUUGUAUUUACGGGUGGAAAAGGCAGCGAUUCUUCUGUCGAAAGCUCAACAGAUGCAGUUCAAGACCGGAUUAAGAAUUUGAACAUAAAGCGGUCUGAUGAUAGCAAUACCAAUGAGAGAGGUAAUUUUGUCUUUAGGAGUGGUGAAAGAUCACGUCAACUUGGUGGGGAAAGUGAAAAGGUAUUGUCAACUGAUAUGGAGAGGAAGUUGAAUAUUGGGAGUGUAACGGGAGAUUCUACUGGUCAAACAGACGGGAUUUUUUCUUCUUCGCAAAUCUUUGGAAAGGAUGUACGAACCGCCAAGUUGGAUGAUAAGAAGCUCGAAGGGUUUGGCAAUUUAGUUCACAAAGAAUCUGUUUUCCAGGCAGCAACACCGGGUUUAUAUCCAAGUAGUAAAGUUCAUAUUGAUCAACCAAAAAGUAAUAUUGGACCUGGUGGAGCUACGGUAUUACCAACUUCAUUUUCGGCCAGUGCAAUGCAUUUCCAGCCUGGUGUAGGUUCCUUUGGCUUGAGUUCUGAUAAACCAGAAAAGAGAGAUGAGUUUUGUUUCACAGCUAAACAAGAUCCUAUACACACACCCUUUGUAGAAUUCAAAACUCCACAGACACAAGCAAAUAUGUUCUUUGGCCUAAAUAAGAAAUUAGAAUUCAGUGCCAAAAAAGAAACCGGUAAAAGCACAACAGUCAAGAGAAGGAAAGGAAAGUUGAAGCACCCUACACCAGUCCAACUAUGGCCUGGACCAGACAUUGUUUCCAGUAAAGCUGGUGCAAAAGAUGAUGCAGAGGCUUCUGAGUCUUAUUCACCAAUGGAUGUCUCACCAUAUCAGGAGACCCUAGCUGAUACUCGAUGUUCCAGAGAAUCUUCUGUAGCUUCAGAUGAGUCUUUCAGUCAUUGGGUUAAAUCUGCAUCCAGUGGUUCACAACCAGCAGUUUCAAGUGAUGCAAUAGAUGAGGACCUGGUUGCUGCAACACAGCAUAUGAUUAUAAAUGAAGGGGAUGAGAAAGAUGAGGAAAUAAAAAUGGAGGGUCAUGGUGAUGUUUUUGAUAAAGCUGUUGCUACUGAAGCUCCUCAAGAAGAUUCUGUGUCGGGGGCUGAAACCGAAAGCUUUAUAUCUGCUGCUGAGGAGAUAGAUGAUAACAGUGAUAUUGCUCUUAUCUCAGCUGAAAAGAAAGUUACUUCUAGAACAAAUAUUGAGAGACAAGACAGUGACACCCAUAUGUACUUUUCUUCCACUUCUAUUCCAGAACAUAUAAGUGGGUGUGACUUCACCUUUGCUGCAUCUUCUUCAGCUCAGAGUCAAACAUCAUCGCCAAUACACCACAACAGAAAGAAGAAUUUGGCUAAAAUUUCUUUUGAUACUCCUUAUUGCAGUUCAAAUGUGAGAAUUCCUUGUGAAUCAUCCUCUGCACAGUUUUCUCCGUACCCUGGGGUUUCAGUGCAUUUAUCUCCCUGGAAAGGCCAGAAAACAAUUUUAUCUACUUUGCAAAGCAAGGUUGGAGUGAAUUCUGUGUCGGACAAAGGACCAGAGAUCAAACAUGAACCUCAUUUGACUGGUGAAAGCAAUGCAGUUCAGGAAUCAUGUGAAAAGUGGCGAUUAAGGGGAAAUCAAGCCUAUGCAAACGGAAAUUCAUCCAAAGCUGAGGAAUAUUAUACACAAGGGAUAAGUUGUAUUCCUGCUAGCGAGACAUCUAAAAGCUGCCUUCAGGCACUGAUGCUGUGCUAUAGCAACCGUGCAGCUACACAUAUGUCUCUUGGAAGAAUGAAAGAUGCUCUAGGAGAUUGCAUGAUGGCUAUUGCAAUAGAUCCCAACUUCUCAAGGGUUCAACUUAGAGCAGCCAAUUGCUACCUUGCCCUUGGAGAAGUUGAGAACUCGACGCAAUAUUUCAGGAAGUGCGUACAGUCUGGAACUGACGUUUGCGUGGACCGAAAAAUUGCAUUAGAAGCCUCUGAUGGCCUGCAAAAGUCACAGAAAUUGUCUGAAUACAUGCACCGCUCUGCUGAACUUUUGCAAAGAAGAGCAUCUGGUGAUGCCGAGAAUGCUCUGGAACUAAUUGCUGAGGCCUUGAAAAUAAGCUCGUGCUCGGAAAAAUUACUUGAAAUGAAAGCAGAAGCCCUUUUCAUUCUGCACAAAUAUGAAGAGGUAAUUCAGCUGUGUGAGCAGACAUUUGAUUUGGCUGAAAAGAAUUCGUUAUCAUUUGAUUGCAAUGGGCAAAUGGUCAAUCUGGAUAGUUCUGGCUUCUCAAAGGACUUAACUUUUAGAAUUUGGCGGUGCCGAAUGAUCUUCAAAGCUUACUUUCAUCUAGGAAAGCUUGAAGAGGCUAUUGCUUUGCUGGAGAAGCAAGAACAAUUGCAAUCCUCCAAGGAUAGGGAUGGAAGCAACAGUUUGGAAACAUCAAUUCCUUUGGCUGCCACUGUCCGCGAGCUCUUGAAUCAUAAGGCUGCAGGGAAUAAGGCAUAUCAAUCCGGAAGGCACUCAGAAGCUGUCGAACAUUAUACUGCUGCUUUAUCAGGAAAUAUGGAGUCCCGGCCUUUUGCAGCUAUUUGUUUCUGCAAUCGUGCUGCAGCAUAUAAAGCUCUGGUUCAAUUCACUGAUGCAAUUGCUGAUUGCAGCCUUGCCAUAGCACUUGAUAGAAAUUAUUUGAAGGCGAUUUCUAGACGAGCUACUUUAUAUGAGAUGAUUAGAGACUAUGGGCAAGCAGCCAGUGAUAUUGAAAGAUUUAUUUCUCUUCUCAUGAAUCAAAUGGAAACAAAGACCAAUCAAUCUGGAACAUCUGACAGACCAAAGAACUUGGCAAAUGACUUGAGACAAGCUCGUUUGUGGCUUUCUGAAAUUAAGGAAGAAGGCAAAAAGGAAGUCCCUCUGGAUUUCUAUCUGAUUUUGGGGGUCAAACCAUCUGUUUCAGCAGCUGAUAUUAAGAAGGCAUAUCGGAAAGCUGCUCUUAGACAUCAUCCUGACAAGGCUGUUCAAUCCCUUGUAAGACAUGAAAAUGGAGAUGACAGGCUUUGGAAGGAGAUAAGAGAAGAGGCCUACAAGGAUGCUGACAAAUUAUUUAAGAUAAUUGGAAAGGCGUACGCGAUACUUUCAGACCCAGUUAAGCGCUCAAGGUACGAUUUUGAAGAGGAGUCGAGGAAUGCGCAAAAGAAACAUACCGGAGGCACAUCCAGAACAGCUACUGAUGCUCAGAGUUAUUCAGUAGACAGAAGUGGAAGUAGGCAACCAUGGAGGGAAACCAGAAGAGCAUAUGGCUACUCAACCUCCAGAGGAGCAGAAGCCACUAGAUCGAACAGAUUCUUUUGACAAAUGAAGACUAACGGAUUCAGACACGGAUUAAGAACUCCAUAGAGCGGAUUUCACUCUGACCACUGUCAAGAACUAGGCGUGUUCUUAGACGAAGGGAGUACCAAUAAAAAGCCUUGCUGCAAAUGAUGGGGUAAUGCCAGCAACAUGAACUAACAGUUUGUGAAUGACAACAAAACUUGAACUAACAAAGCUGAAACUUAUAAAUCUGAAAGCCCUUUUGUUUCAAGGACGUUGUUUGGUCAUCAAGAAAAAGGGGUGAAAGAAUAUAAGCCAUUGAGAUGAAAUAAAUGCUACCAUGGAAGCUUCAAGGGUUUUGCGGUUUCUUCCUCAGAGUUUGUAUCAUUUACUUUUACUUAAAUGCAUUAUUCCAUCUUUUCUUGA